UCUAUUUUUGUCCACCACUCCUUCAACCACAUAUUAAGCCUAUUGCAAGAAAACUUAAAUUUAUAUUAUUAUUUUUUUCUAUAAAAAAAUGGCUGAGAGUGCAGUUUUCUUUCUGCUAGACAAGCUUGCACUGCCUUUACUCCAGGAAGAGGUGAAACUGUUGAGUGGAGUCAAGAAGGAACUUGCUUACAUCAGAGCCGAAUUCGAGCGCAUGGCUGCAUUCCUCAGAGUUGCCGAUUCAAUGGAAGAGAGCGAUCCGGAAAUCCGAGUUUGGGUUAAGCAAGUGCGUGACAUUGCACACCACACCGAAGACAUUCUUGAUGUCUUCAUGCUACAAUAUUUGAUGCAUGGUCCACAUCACGAGCGGAUCAGAUACUUUGGUUUUGGUUUUCUUGGGAAUGCUUUUCGUUCUCUCAAGAAAAUGAAAGUCCGCCGUCAACUUGCUUCCGAGAUUCAAAGCCUCAAAUGUAGAGUAAGGGACGUUGCCGACGGACAUCAGAGAUACCGUCUCAAGUUAAACAUAUCAGAAGAAGGCUCAACCUCAAGCUCAACCGCCACCGCCACCGCUUACAAAUGGUAUGAUUUGCGAGGUGACGCACUCCUGAUAACAGAAGCUGAGCUCGUGGGCGUUGACAAGCCCAAGCAGGAGCUGAUCGGUUUGCUGGUGGUCGAUGAUCAGGCGGAUCAUAGAUCAGAACUAAAAGUGGUUUCCGUGGUGGGAAUGGGAGGGUUGGGAAAAACCACCAUUGUUAAAAAAGUGUACGAUGAUGCAGCAGUGAAGAAGCAUUUCCAGAGCCAUGUCUGGCUCACGUUUUCAGAAUCAUUUCAGACGGAGGAGCUGCUAAGAGACGCCAUUCAGCAGCUGUUCGGCGAAAUAAAGCAACCGGCCCCUCAAGGAGUCGAAACUAUGGAUGUGAACAAGCUGAAACAUGUGAUCAAUGGAUUCCUAGAACAGAGGAGGUACGUGGUGGUGUUUGAUGAUGUUUGGAGCAUUCAUGCUUGGAAAGCUGUCAAGUAUGCUUUCCCCAACAACAAUCUACGGAGUCGAAUCGUGCUCACAACACGUUUAGGAGACAUAGCUUCCAAAUCUUGCGCAGAAACUGAUGGCGAAGUUUAUCAUUUGAAUCCGUUGUCUUCCGAACAGUCUUGUAGAAAGGCGUUUCGGGGCAACUCCUCCUCCUGCCCUCCACAUUUGGAGGAAAUUUCUAGAAGCAUCUUAAAAAGAUGCGACGGGCUGCCCCUUGCAAUCGUGGCGAUUGGUGGUAUUUUGGCAACGAAGAACCAGAGUAGAAUUGAAGAAUGGGAUAUGCUCUAUCGCAGCCUUGGAAUGGAGUUACAAGGCAACGAUAAUCUUCAAAGCAUGAAAAAUAUACUCUCCCUGAGUUACAACGAUUUGCCUUGGUAUCUGAAGAUUUGUUUCUUGUAUCUGAGCAUCUUCCCCGAAGAUCAUGAGAUUGAGUGUAUGAGAUUGAUUCGACUGUGGAUGGCGGAAGGAUUUGUGCAAGGCGGCGAAGGUGGAAAGACAAUUGAAGAAGUUGCAGAGGGAUACAUCAACGAGCUUGUCAAUAGAAGUUUGAUCCAAGUGGCAGAGAUGACGGUUGACGGAAGGGCCAAAACUUGUCGUAUCCAUGACCUUUUGCGCGAAAUUACUACAUCCAAGUCGAGAGAACAGAAUGUUGCAGCUAUAGCCAGUGAACGCAACACGAGAUGGCCUGAAAAAGUUAGACGCCUAUCAAUCCAUACUACCUUUGGAAAUAUAAAACAAAGUAAGCAAUUCUCACGACUUCGUUCGAUGCUCAUGUUUGGGGUGGCAGCUGAUCCUUUGUCAAAGUUGUCGUUACCUAUGUUGUUUAGUGGUGAUUUGAGGUUGCUCAAGGUUUUAGACUUGAGAGAUGCUUCUUUGGAGACCGUUCCCGUUCCCGAUGAAGUUUUCAAAAUGUUUCAUCUCAAAUAUCUAAGCUUGAGAGGAACCAAGGUGAAAAUGCUUCCGAGCUCCAUUGGUGACCUUGUAAACCUACAAACUUUGGAUCUCAAACGCACCUUUGUUACCGUGUUGCCAGCUGAGAUACUGAAUCUCCGAGGGCUGCGCCAUCUCCUUGUGUACAAGUACGGCACGCUGAUGGAACAAUACCAACAAUUUCACUGCGCAAAUGGAUUCGAAGCGUUAAAGGGAAUCGGAGGCUUGUCGUCCUUGCAGAAACUUUGUCACGUCAAUGCAAGUCAUGGCAUAGCGAGCGAGCUAGGGAAGCUGACCCAACUGAGGAGACUAGGGAUUUUAAAGCUGAGAACCGAAGACGGGAAGGCUCUGUGCUCCUCCAUUGAAAAGCUGAGCAACCUUCGUUCACUGGAUGUGAGAACCACAGAAGAUGACGAGAUCCUUGAUAUUCAACUUUUGCAUUCACCCCCUCGGUUUCUCCGUUCGCUAUACUUGCACGGGCGUUUAGAGGAGCUACCAAGUUGGAUAUCCUCUCUUCACAAUCUGGUGGCAGUAUAUCUUAUAUGGAGCAAGUUAAGGGAUGUUCCAUUGCAAUACCUUCGAGGUUUGCCGAACCUCACGGAGGUGGUGCUCAACCGUGCUUACGACGGAGAGGAUUUGUGUUUCGAGGCUGGAGGGUUUCGGAGGCUUAAGAGAUUAUACCUUGCGAGACUAGAAGGAUUGAGAUGGGUGAGAGUGGAGGAAGGUGCAAUGCCUCAUCUUGAAAUACUUUCUAUAAGGGAUUGUGAAUUGGUUGAGGAAGUGCCUUCAGGUAUUCAACAUCUAACCAAACUUCAGUCGCUUUGGUUGAUUAAUGUGCAUGAUGAGUUGCUUAAGAAGCUGAAUCGAAACAGAGGAGGCGCGGAUUAUUGGAAAAUAGUUCAUGUCCCCAAUGUUCGGAUUGGAGUCUUUCAAAAUGGUUGUUUCAUAGAACAAAAUCUGUAGACAAAAACUAUUCAUCACGUUGUGUUUGGCGGCAUGGAAUUGAUUAAAAUUUUUGGUUCAAUUU